GGUCCGGAUCCAUACCCGACCCGCCUUGUAGCCCGUUUUGGGCUCUACUUAAGUCAUGUAACCCUAAUCCUUAAGUGUUAAUGAUAAUCUUAAGAGAGAGAGAGUCUGGUUGCUAGUGGGCACCAACUCCUCCUCAUUCGUGGUUUUUUCUCCCUCAUGUUGAGGGUUUUCCACGUUACAUCGUGAUCAUUGUUUCUCUUCGUCUUCUUCUUGUUCGUAUUUCUACAUGGUAUCAGAGCCGUGAAGUUCCGGCGUUUCUGGUUUGUCUUUUGCCCGUGUUGGAGGAGGAUUCGCCCGACACUGUUCAUUGACUCGCCCGACACUGUUCAUCGUCUCGCCCGGCACUGUUCAUCGCCCGUGCCCGACGCUCGUGCCUGAGCUUCGCCCGACGCCUGCACAGGCUUCGUCUGUCGCCCCGCCGCCGUCUCCGCCCAGCGCCGCCCUGAUCAGCGCCGCUCAGGAUUCCGCCGUCUCCGCCUAGCGACGACCGGCCCAGCGACGCCCUGAUCAGCGCCGUUCCUGUUCAGCCGCUUCCGCCCAGCGUCGGCCUGCCCAGCGACGCCCUGUCCAGCGGUGUUCCUCUCUGUCAACCGACGCAUCGCCCACCGCCGUGCCUUUUUUUUCGGCACCGCGCCACUCUGCCUGGUUCCGGCGGUUUAUUUCCGCCCAGCGCCGCGCCGCUCUGCCUGGUUCCGGUGGUCUGCUUCCGCCGGUGCGCCGCUCUGCCUGGUUCCGGCGGUCUGUUUCCGCCCAGCGCCGCGCCGCUCUGCCUCGUUUUUUCCUCCAGCGCUGCCUCUCUGUUGCUGUCUCUUCCGCCGGUGAGGUUUAGGCGUUCUCCGUUUUGUCCGUUGCCUGCUCUCUGCUGCCCUUCCUGUCUUCCGAAGGAUUGGUGCUGUUGCUCCCUGCUGCCCUUGCUGCCUACUGGGCUUCUCCCGUAGCUAGACUGGUCUGUGAUUAUGGUAGCCUCUUCCUCGUCAACCGUCAACACCAAUCCCACUGAAAUAGGGGCUUUUAGAACUGAGAAUGUUCCCAUGCAGGUCAUCACUCUUCGCCUCACCAAGGAGAAUUAUUUCUCGUGGUCGCCUGCUAUGACUAUGGGGAUUGCUGGCCGUGGUCGCAUGGCCUAUAUUGAUGGGAGCAACCCCGAACCAGCAAGAACAAGUGAUGUGUGGCAUACUUGGUUUCUUGAGGAUAAUCAAGUGAAAACUUGGAUUGUCAAUUCUGUCUCCGCCGAUAUUCAGCCCCUUAUCCUUCGAAAGAAGACUGCUAGAGACAUGUGGGUGGUCCUCGAGCAAAUGUAUGGCCAAAAGAAGACCGCAAUUCGUACUUACCAAGUAAUGAAGACAGUCUAUGGCAUUCGACAAGGGAACUCGUCUGUUGCAGAGUACUAUGGGGCUUUGAAAGCCAAGUGGGAAGAGCUUGACUAUCAUUCUGAUAUUCCUUGGCAUUGUCCCCAUGAUCAGGCGCUCUAUGUUGCUCAUGAAUGGGGAAACAGGGUGUUCCUAUUUUUAGCAGGUUUAAAUGAUGAGUUUGAAGGUGUUCGAAGCCAGAUUCUAAAUUCAGGGGAGGUGUCCAGUAUUGAAGAUGUGUACUCCUGUAUUGAAGCGGAAGAACAGAGGAGGCUUGUUACAAAAGACGGGAAGAAGGAACUUGUGCCCUAUAACGAGAGAUCCGCUCUCGUGAGUCGUGGUCCUGGCGGCCCGUCUAGAUCCCUUCGCCGGUGCACUCACUGCAAGAAGACAGGUCACACCGUGGAUUAUUGUUGGGAUCUUCAUCCAGAAAAGAAGGGAAACAAAGGGAGAUCUUCGAUUGGGAGAACGCCUGUGUCUGAGGUGCAAGCAUCCAGUGGAGAAAAAAUCUCCAUUUCUGCUGACCAGCUUCGUGAACUAAGGGCUUAUUUGGGCAGGAUCGAUGUCAACAAGAUUGAGACCUCAGAGGGAACUACAGCUAAUCAUGCUCUCGCGGUUAUUGGCAAUCAAGGACUUGGUGACAGGGAAGAGGAUUGGGAUUGGUUUAGCUUCUGAUGGAUUAUAUCGUCUUCCCAUACGUGUGGCUACUGCUCUGUUGACAGCGAUCCGCAAGACAGAUAAGAGAAGAGAAGAUUGUCUUCAGUCUUUUAUGUACUGGCAUGAACG